AUGGUGUGGACUUUGAAGUCCUGCUCGACCAUCAUCGACUUAGACAUGCCCGAUGAUGCUCCAGCACUGAAGAAUGCGAGGACUUCGAAGACCUCUGUUAAGAAAGAACGGCUUGAAUCCAUCGACUUGGACACCACCGACGCUGCUCCGGCAAUUGACAACACAAUCAAGCCAGGGAGUACCGCUAAGAAAGAACGAUCUGAUCGGUGUUUCAACCCUAUGCUUUUAGACAAGUGGAAGCAUCACGAAGGGCAUGGGCUGUGCCGUGGUGUCGACGGUGAUUGUCGCAUGGGCUCUUGUGGAGGUCGGGCACCAGCUGGUCCCUCAGGUUGGUGCGACCUUUGCAACCUGAACGAUAUUCCUGAACUACACUACCAAGGGGGUGGCCGACUCACACACCUCCUUCUUCAGCUGCAAGAAUCGGAGUCAGAGCUAGCUUUGAAGCGCAUAGAAGACCACAUAGAUGCCGACAUUGCCGCAGAGUGUCGAGAACGCAUGGAGCGUACUCGCAAAAGACGAGCCGCAAACAGGCCAGUUCGAAGGUCACGCGGAACGUACAAGAAGAAGCCGAACAAUCCAUGUCAAGGACUUGAUGGCCGUUGUCUACUUAGCUCCGAGGACACGAAAUCUUUGACAGGAUCUCUCGGCUUAUGUCCUCUAUGUGACCUCGCCAACAUUCCCGUUGCACAUCAAUCCAAAGGUCUUCUUACUCGAUUGUUGAUGAAGCUCGAGGCGCCGGAAGCUGAUCUUGCCAUCAAUCGCAUUGCCGUUCAGCACAGCGUGAUUGCCGAGGAAUGUCGUGUUCGUUUGCAAAGAGCCUUCGACCGUCGUAAACCGACCAAGAACAGCCGUCGAGCCGCCGGCAAACCUCUGAAGCAUCAGUAG